CGAUGGCUACCGGUCAGUGCUGGCGUGAAUGAUCGUCGCGCCUGCGUUUUCGGCAUAAUGUACCGCACAUAGGUACCAUAAUAUUAUAAUCUAUAUACUUUAAUAUUAUAUUACACCGGGAUAUUGAUUCGGUCGCGCGAGUUUAAAGAUUUCUGUCCGGCAGACACGGCGCUGGGUUCGGUGGUCACGUAGGUACAUAAUCGUCCUCAAUGUGGUAUCGGUGGUAAAUAACGGACCGCCGAAACCGUUCAUCAUGAGGAGUCGGAUCAUGCACAUGUUGCACGCAUGUCUGGUCCUGAACGUGCGUUCGUCACGCUUUUGGUAUACAUGUUCUUCCCGAAGCACAUUACGCCGCUGACCUACGAGCCAAAACUGUCGAUGGAGUCACACCAGAGCGCCAAAAUGUUUCACUCGCUAAAAACGCUCGUCACAACUACGGAAGUGUUGUCAGUGGAUCGAGACGCCUUUAGUCACCAAGCUAGCAAUGACGGAAAAUGGACGAGAAACAAUCCCGCAACGCCGCCUACAACGGAUACUGCCACACGUGCUCACCCCUCCCGAAGACCAACACACAACGGCCCCCCAAAAUCUCCAAAUACUUUUGGUGCGCCAAGAACUUCAGCGCGUACGACGGGACCCAAUAGGGGAGAUGAUUUACCAUCGAGAAUGGGCACACUACUUUAGUCAACUACGGCAGAAACUACGUGUUGACAUCCGGAGGGGCCCUCAGCCACCACUAUCUCAACCUCCGCAAAAUCGGACAACCUCCAGGAAGGUGUACGACAACAAAAAAUUGCUGAAAGUGAUAAGACUGCUGAAGGCCAGGAGAUCAGCGGUAAGUCAGGAACAGCGGAUAGCCAGACAUCACGAAUCAACCUCGGACUCUAAGGGCGCCAAUCCACCACCUACCUCCCCAGCACAACCGGUAGCGAUGGAGGUGGACGAUCCGACAGCCAUGGGCGUUGAGCCCGAGGAACCGGAAUCGUCCACCAGCCAGCGGCCGCCAAGUCAG